AUGGAAGAAGGUAAGAAGGAGGUGCAGAGUAUUCUCGUUAAUGGCUUCUCUCCGGUGACUUCUACGCCUGUUUUCUGGAAAUCUCGCAAGAGACCAGCUAGUAUGAAGAAUUUGUACAAGGACAAUAUUAAAGACUCAACUGAAGAUAAAGAUAAAACAAACGAUGACAAUAACAACAACGAUGAUUCCAUUGAUGAAAAAAUGGAAGAAACAAGUAUACUUUCAGAGAAACGUAAGGCUCUGUUUGAACCUCUUGAACCAAUAAUGGAUUUGAAUGGUAGAAGACCUUCAGCCGAAUCUUUACUUCCCCCACCCGACUUUGACUCUGCCAGUUACCCUCGCGGAUGGCUCAUUGGGAAGAAACGAAAGCUUGUAAACGUUGACGUUGUUGAAAGCAUGCGCAGGAUUGCCGUACAAGAAAUGAACAGAAAGGAUAGAGAGAUUGAUGGGCUAAAUGAGCAGUUAGAAGAGGAUUCGCGUGUGCUUGAACAUCUUCAGUUGCAGUUACUAGAUGAACGAAGCAAGCGUAGUGAUGUUGAGAGACAGAAUGCAAUGUUGCAAAAUCAGGUUGAUAUGCUUAUGAAUAUGCUUCAAGAAAAUGAGAACUUGGAAGAUGAUGAAAUCCCACAAGAUCCUUAGCUUAUGUUACUUUUUUUUUGUUAUGAUGGUAUUAUUUCAUUUGGCAUUGUUUGCGAGUCUAAUAUAAUAUAUACAAAUUACAAGCAUACGUGUCGUGAUCAAGUGAUAUAAGUAUGAGAUCAUCCAGAAUAACUG